UGAGAUGAGCCACUCCAAUCCGGUUCAGAAUUGAAACUCAGGAAGACCGAGUCCGGGCCGGGCUUUGCCGCUUGCAGACCAAGGGAGAGCACAACGGCGCAGAACAAUGGCGAAAGCGAAAAAUCCCCAAAAAUCAUCUUCAGCUUCUGCGCGCGAUUCUUCUGAAGCGUCUUCAGAGAAUACGGGAUUACGCGUAAAAAGAAGCGAAAACAUGAAAAGUGCAGCAAAAGCUAGCAGAUUUAACACGGAUAAGAGAGCGAAGACAAUCAAGAAGCCAAAUUCAAAACAGAAGAAGAAAAAUGAUAAAUUUGAUGUCAAUAAGCCAAAGAAACCACCUACUGCUUUCUUUUACUUUUUGGACGAUUUCCGCAAGGAAUUUCAAGAACAGAAUCCAGAUGUCAAGACGAUGCGUGAUGUUGGCAAGGCAUGUGGGGAGAAAUGGAAAACAAUGACAUAUGAGGAAAAAGUACAAUAUUAUGAUAUUGCUACAGAGAAACGUGCAGAGUUUGACAAAGCCAUGACAGAAUAUAAGAAGAGGAUGGAAAGUGGAAUAGAUCAAGAAUCUGAGGAAGAUUGGGCGAUUGAUGGAUAGAGCUGUGUGGCCAUUGUUCGUUAUAGCUAGGAUUCUGUAGAAAGAGAUUGUUCAAGAACAACAAUUCCCCCUGUCUCUUAGUUGUUUAAUUUAUAUUCUGUAUAAAUUUCUCCAGCAAAUGGGUUUCUUUUAAUUUAAUGAUAAUUAGUUAAAACUUAAAUUAAAUCAGGAACUUCAAAGAGUUCAAUUCAAUGUUUAUUUAGAAGUUAGAACUUGCUUCUUUUGUUAACCAAAUGUUCUGAAGGCUAUGGCUCCGAGUGGGAUGAGGAAAAAAAUGAUUGUGGGGGAAUCUUACCGUCUA